AGUUGCUCCUGUGUGUUGGUAGGGGUGGGGGCAUCAGCUUUUCACAACCCAAACCCUUGCAGGUCUCUCCGCACCUCUCGUUCUCUUCGUCGCCGGCAGAGCAGAGAGCAGCCCAGGCGGUGGCGGGAGGCAGAGAGAGCGAUCAUGCCGGCGGGGCUUGGGCUGCGGGACCUGAUCUCGCGGCCGUUCAGGAAGCACGGGUACAUCCCGUUGACGACGUUUAUGAGGAGGUACAAGAUCGGGGACUAUGUGGACAUCAAGGUGAACGGGGCCGUCCACAAGGGCAUGCCCCACAAGUUCUAUCACGGCCGCACCGGCCACGUCUGGAACGUCACCAAGCGCGCUAUCGGCGUCGAGAUCAACAAGCAGCAUGGCUUUCCUUUUAUCAAUUGUAGGAGGUUUUCCACUCUCGAGUCCCAGGCCAACGAAGGUCAGAUUCCACCAGAGCUGUUAACAAAUCGAACUGUGUUAACUCCGGACCGUGUUAUAGGCCAAUAUGCAGAUCUAGUAACAAGAGUGACAAAUUUCUAUGAUGAGGAUAAGGGCUACAUCGUUUUGGGUGGUGAUGUUUUUGAUGUUCCCAUUAGGAAGGAUAUUGUUCACCGAGUUGUACGGUGGCAGCUUGCAAAACGACAGCAGGGGACACACUCAACAAAAACAAUCAGUGAAGUAAGUGGCUCAGGGAGAAAACCAUACAGGCAAAAAGGUACCGGGCGAGCAAGGCAUGGGACUUUACGUGGGCCUCAGUUUAGGCAUGGUGCCGCCAUGCAUGGGCCUAAGCCACGAAGUCAUGCAAUCAAGCUGCAAAAGAAGGUUCGACGUCUGGGACUGAAAGUUGCCUUGUCAGCUCGAACAGCUGAAGGCAAGCUUCUAGUAUUUGAGGAUCUGGCGGUUCCUAGCCACAAGACUAAAAAUAUUGUGAAUUACGUCUCCCAAUUGGAGAACACAAAGAAGGUUUUGUUGGUGGAUGGUGGUCCUAUAGAUGACAAACUGAAGCUGGCAACAAGAAACCUGCGUUAUGUGAACGUAUUGCCUUCAAUUGGUCUGAAUGUUUACAGCAUCCUGCAGCAUGAUACUCUUGUGAUGACCCGAGAUGCUAUUAAUAGGAUUGUCGAGCGGAUGCAUACUCCCAUCAACCGCUGAGGCAAUGGGACUGACAAGCUUAAAACAUAGGGGUUUUGUUGACUGGCUGUUUCAGUAAGGUUAUUUUUUUUUCAAAAAAAAAAAAAAAUCACAGCUUUACGGGCACGAGCAAUUCUUCCCUUCUGUUUACAUCUUCAAACUGCCUGCUUACCAGUGUUUCAGUGUGUCACAAUUACAUGUAAGGUCUAGCAAGCAAGAAACUUGAAUAUUUGCUAUCUGCAUCAUGCCUUGGUGGUCAUCAUCUUUGAGUCUUAAAUGAUGUUGUAAUGAUUAAAAAAAAAGGUAAUGCUAAAGUUUGAUGAGGAAAAUUUUAUUAA